AAUAUUUCUUGCUGAUCUGGCAGGACAUUUGCCAAUGACCUUUAGAACUCCUCCAGUCAGUCCUCCUCGCCCAAGUUAUAUAACUGGAAUGCGCAGAGUCUGUUCAUUGGAGUUUAGGCCCCACCUGAUGAAUUCUCCAGACUCAGGAUUAGCUGAUCCACUUUUAGGUUCUGCUGGAACUUCAGGGACUUCAGAUAGAAGCUUUCUUCCACAAUCAACUAUAUAUAGUUGGAGUUGUGGGCAUUUUUCCAAACCACUUUUAACUGCUGCAGAUGAUAGUGAAGAAGUAUUAGCCAGAAGAGAAGAGAGGGAAAAAUUUGCAUUGGAGCACAUAGCAAAAUGCCAGCACUCUGCUGUUAGCAGAUUGACAAAUCCAAUUGCUAAAUGGGACAUAAAGGGUACACAAACAGCAUUGCUGCAACCUUUCUCUCCUAUAGUGAUAGCUGCUGAUGAGAAUGAACGUAUCAGGUAUUUGAAGUUCAUCAAUACCAUUAUUAGUUAAAUUAAGACUGUUAUGAAGCUGGACAUGGCUUUAGAUAAAGGCUGAUGAUGUUUUUUGUGCUUAGAGAAUGUUAGGUCAAUUAAUAGAUGAUAUCUCAGCCGAUGCCAUCUGUGGUGUGUUGUUAGAAGUUAUAAAUUUCCAAAUCAUGUUUAUAUCCAGGGUUCAUAGUAUUUGGCAAGUGUGAGUGGCAAUUUAUAAGAUAUAUAGUCUUUUUAAACUAAAUGAAAUAAUUCUUGGCAUAAUUUUAUGGACAAUAGGAAUUCUUUGUUUU